AUGGGCAUCACUAGCGACCAUCAAAGCGCAUCGCCAGGUUCUGCUCUCAGUCACAGUCACAAGCGAAAGCGCGACGUCACCUACGAGACGACAACAUACAAUGCGCCCUCACAUCGCCAUCCCUCGACUCCAUCUAACCAGCGCAUCCCAUUGAUCAUUGAUCUUGACGGCGGUGACGACGACGAUGAUGGGGAGGAAAUCCAGUAUCUCGGCGAGCAGCCCAAGAAGAAGCCAAGAACGCCUGCUGCCACAGGAACCCCAUCCGAGAAGCGCCUCAGAAGAUAUCGCGCCAGGCCACCUCAAAGCUUCGACGACACCUACCUCCGCGCUACUACCCAGCGAUUCUACGUGCUUAGUCGCACACGAUGCGGCACCGCUACUUGCCCCGAGGAAAUGAUCGAGCUGACAGGCAGCACCGGCAAUAUCUACAAUAUCUGCAUCGCCAGACAGCCCACCUGCGACUGCCCCCAUGCUUCGGCUGGCAAUCAGUGCAAGCAUGUCAUCUACGUCAUGUCGCGAGUCCUUCGUGCGAGACACGAGUACGUCUACCAGCUGGCCCUCCUCAGCACCGAGCUCCAAGAUAUCUUUGCCCGCGCGCCCCUUCCUAUGGACGAGUGCAGCUCAGAUCCUACCGCGUCCAGCGACAAGAAUCGAAAACCCGUCGAGGGCGACUGUCCCAUAUGUUUCAACGAGCUCGACCCCGCCAAGGAGGCCGUUGUGUGGUGUCGAGCAGCCUGCGGCCAGAAUAUCCACAAGGAGUGCUUCGCGAUGUGGGCUGCCACAAAGCGUCAGAACACUGGACGGAACGGCGAGAUAACCUGUCCAUUCUGCCGGAGUGUUUGGCAGGGGGAUGAAGAUACGGUGCAGAAGAUCAAGAAGACGGGCCCCCUGAACGACGAGGGCUACGUCAAUGUCGCUGACCAGCUCGGCAUCAGUCAAGAAAGAGGUAGGCUAGGCUGCUGCCCUACACAAUAA